AUGGUUAUCGCCUUCGUCGGCUACGGCCAGCAGCACAGGAGCCUCGUGGACGACAUGGCUCACGAAGUCGCGGCCGACGGCGGCGAGGUGUCGCUCUACGGCGCGCGCCGAGCUCUGACGGAGGAUCAUUCACGGACCAUCGGCCACCAGGAGAACAGCAACGCUGCGCAGACCCAGAGGACGGUCAUACGCCAGGAGGGCUGCGAGCAGGUCUGCAAGAACAUCGUCGACGCUGUGUGGAACGUGCAGAAGCAGCAGAUCCUGGUCCUGGUCCGACACGAGUGCGCGCCAGCGCAGCGCGACGUCGAACACCUGAUGUCGAGGAACACGGUGGAGGGCCAGUACAUGCGCGCGCACAGCUCCAAGAUCUUCAACUUGGGUGAGCAGCGCGGCAAGCGCGGGCACAUCGCCAUGCUGAAGAACGUCAUGAAGUGGCUGCAGCCUGGGAAGGCGCGGGGGCUGACGGACGGCGGCGAGCAGCCCUACUCCCAGCUCUACGCGUGCAAGGCGGUCACGGACACCUUCGAGGCUUGCGCGACGUGGAAGACCUUGUGGGACUGA